GCCGAGCCGACCAGAUCGGAUCUCUUUCUGUUGACCCGUUCCGUCUCUGGGUAUUACCCUGUUUCACGUCCAACAACCCGUCGCCUCCUUCUCGGUAAACGAAGAAGCCGCGCGUAACACACAGCUGAAUCGGACUUCCGUUGUCGCAGUGCUUCACCGAGUGCCCCACGGACCGUACCAUAUCAUAUAAGAUCCGGUGCUACCCAUGUCAUUCUAGGCAGUCGGUAUCUAGCGGCGAGGCAAGCAAGCCACACCAGUUCGUGACAUAUCAAUUAGACUCUGUCUGUGGUCCUAACCAGUUGGUUCUCACGUGCGCGCAAUCUUUCCCUCCCCAAAUCAGAACGCGGCAGCCCCAGUGUUACCGUUUGGUGGACCAUAUCUAAACGGUUAUUCGACUGUGGUUUCGAAGAUUAAAGUGACAAGUGCAGUGAGGAAGAAGUGGUGGCACAGUGCGGGCCGAAAAACAAAAUACCAACCAAAUCAAUUCCAAAGCAAUUCGGAGCCUCUGCCUCUCAUCUCACCAGCAGCGGCUCAACGUACUUUCGUGCCGUGUUAGAGCUCUCUUCGGCGAUCGAGAUUUCACAACUUAGUGCAAUAAUAGUCGUGUGAAAUAUAAGAAUGAAAAAAUAAUAACCGUUAAUGUUACAACAAAAACUCACUAACGUUUAGUGAUGAAAUAAAAAAAAAUGUUAGACAACAGUCAAGUGUAAAAACCGUCGAAAAUUGCAGUCAGUGGGUCAGACAGGUGAACCGAAUCAGCUAACGCGUAACCACCAUCAAACAGGCAAAGCCAGUGUCAGCAGCGUUGCAGAAGACGUCUCGAAAGCCCAAAAUAUUGCUAGCCACUUAGUCGUGGAUCGUGUGUUUGACCUUUCCCGCACCGGUGUGGCAGUCAUCUAGUAGUGUACCGCGAAGUCCACGAAGUGAAAGAAAGAGAAUUUGCGAAAAAAUAAACACACGCUACGAUACGCAAUGACCGUAGCCACGUUCCAAGAUGUGCUGAAUCAGUCCGCUCCGCUGGAUGCAGCUGAACUGCGAACCAGCCAAGAUGGUUGCGGUGGAGGCGGUGGUGGUGGCGGCGGGGGCAGCAGUGCCCCGAUGAUCAUUCCCACCGUCGAGACCACCGACGCCAGUUCGGACCAAGUUGACCGGAAACUGACGGAAAUCCAACAGUUUUACGACCGGUGCAAUGUGUUCAUCACCGGCGGAACCGGGUUCCUGGGGAAAACUUUAAUCUACAAAUUGCUCACCAGCUGUCCGGGAGUUGAAAAUAUCUUCCUACUGAUACGAAGUAAACGAGGAAAGGACAUAUUCUCUCGAGUAGAAGAAAUUUUCGAAGAUGCCAUGUUUGACAAAAUGAAGCAAGCCUGCCCAAAGUAUGACCACAAAAUCAGAUCCAUCGCAGGGGACUGCAUGCUGCCCAACCUUGGUAUCAGCACGUCCGACCGGGAGCUCCUCACAGAAAAUGUAAAUAUCGUCUUUCAUCUGGCCGCUACGGUGCGAUUCGAUGAGAAAAUGAAAAUCGCUAUGCAGAUCAACGUCAAAGCCUGCCGGGACAUUCUGGACCUGUGCUACGAGAUGAAACAGCUCAAAUCCAUCAUCUACGUGUCCACCGCGUACACCCAGUGCCCGCAGAAGGUGGUCGAGGAGCGGUUCUACGACCCACCGAUCGACUCCAAGAAGAUGAUCAGCCUCACCGAUUGCGUCAGUGAUCCGAUGAUGGAAAACAUCACGCCAAUCUUGCUGGACAAGUGGCCAAAUACCUACACAUUCACAAAGGCAAUCGCUGAGGACGUUGUGCGACAGAACAGCCGGGGUAUGCCAAUCGGCAUGUUUCGACCGGGUAUCGUAAUAGCCACCUAUCAGGAACCGGUACCGGGAUGGAUUGAUAAUUUCUACGGACCUACCGGAGUAAUCGCUGGUGCCGGAACAGGAGUACUGCGAACCCUUCGAGCGGAUCCUUCGAAGGUAGCCAACAUGGUACCGGUUGAUCUAUGCGUCAACGGUAUCAUUUCUGCUGCCUGGGACAUUGCCGAACGGUUCCAAAAAGAAAUCAUGCCUGACCCGGAAAUACCAGUUUACAACUUCUGUACGGAAAAGUGCAAUUGCAUCACCUGGAAGGACUUCACGUAUACUACCAUCAAAUUCGGCUCAAUGUAUCCCACAAUGAAAUCUAUCUGGUAUCUGUGCUAUUACAAUAACCCUAACAGAUUCAUGCACUUCCUGGCGGUCCUUUUCCUGCAUUAUGCCCCAGCGAUAUUUUUCGACGUCAUUGCACUGUUUAUCGGACGAAAACCAAGGCUCAUGCGCACAUACAAGAAAAUUCACCGCUUUAUGGACGUGAUCGAGUACUUCUCCAUGCGCCAGUGGGACUUCAAAAUGGAAAAUAAAAAUUCACUGUGGCGGAAAUUGUCCCUAGCGGAUCAAAAGCUGUUCUUCUUUGACAUGCGUCAGAUCAACUGGGACUUCUUCCUGGAGCAGUACUUCUGCGGUAUACGACAGUACCUGAUGAAAGACCCGCUGGAAACCGUCCCAGAGGCGCUGGUCCGAUGGAAUCGUCUCUACUGGCUGCACCAGACUGUCAAGGUUAUUGUACUAUUAGUGGUAUACAAACUGCUCGCCACGGUUUGGGGCUUUAUCUUUAGCUAGACCAAGAACCCCGUUCCCGACUCACCAUGCUCUAGUUUCGAUUGCAAGAUCGUAACAUCAUGCAUUUCAUCGAAAACACACCACGAGAUCAUCCCAGCACCCCCAGCGCCACCGGAGUCAUUCGGAAGACCACUGCUUCGCGGAAUGGCCGAAGCCAUCAUAUCACAUGUCCCAGCAUCCCAGAGACAACGAUUCAAUGAUUCAUUCGAUAGCUUUACGGCCUUACUCUUGAAAGCAAGAUAUCGACUUUUCGACCUCUAAUAGAAUUUGAUCGAAACAGCGAGCCUAAGCUUUCAGUUAUAAGGAGCUUAGUACCUUCUUUCGAAUAAGUUUAUAAGCAUGAACGCAAAAAACUUGACACCAAGCGUGACGCUUCAUGUUGUGAAGAAAUAUUGUUCUUAUACUUGUACUGUGAAGGCAUUCAGUCUUUGUGUGAAGCUACGUUCGCUUUGUUAUUGUUUUAUAACAUUUGUUUUCCGUUUCCAAAUUGAGAACGAUAUUUUUGUUUGUGUCAUUCCACUAGGUUAGGUGAAAAUAAGUUUAGUAUUAAUAGGCUCAAAUAUUGACGAUUUGGAAAUAGGGACAGCUUCCUCGAAUAUCAAUAAACUCCGUGGUUUGUCUUCCAAAUCACGACGAAAUGCAGCUGCGCGCAUGGAGUUUAAAUGCGGCAGUCAAUAGUUCUUGAUGUUCGAAAUACAGAGCAAAGAAAUGAAUCGUUCCAGAUUUUUAACAACCGGUUUUUUGUAAUAAAUAAAAUUAAGUGAAUGGUUAAUAAAGUAUACUCAAACGA